CGCGCAGGCGGAGUCCUUACGCAGCGAGCUCGCGCUAUGCGCAUACACGCCAACCUGCCCAAGAACCUAUCACAGGAGAUGUAUCGCACCGCCGCGUACAUCCUCAAUCGUACGCCAACAGAAGCACUAGGCUGGAAGACGCCGUACGAGCCACUCGUCGCUCAUAUGAGGCCUAUUGGCUGUCGCGCCUAUGUCUACAACCGCGACCUGAGAGCUGCCAACAAGCUUGAAUCGCGUACUCUCAUCGGCUACCUUGUUGGCUACCAAGGCACUAAUAUCUUCCGCAUAUGGCUGCCUACAAAAGACACUGUU